UCUUUACCAAGCCAAGCGACGCUGUGUUUGUUCUGGGGCAGUUUUCAGGGUCAGGAAAGAAGCGUCAGCAAUCAGUUACCAUCCGACGUAGUUUCCUUGGAUUUGAACAUCAGACACAACAUUAAAGACGGCUCUUCGAAGCUCAAUGCAAUUUUUGUAGUAGUAAUUGCAGGAUAUCAUCAUGUCUCAUGUGCCAGCCAAGAUAGUACUCAAGAGCACAACCACCAAGUCACUAAAUGAUCGCUUCACUGAAAUGGCCAAAACUCAAGUCAGAUCACCCCCUCAAGUAACUGUCACUGGAGUGCGGAGCAAUCAGUUCCAGGUGGCUCAAGCUAGCAUGAAGAAUCGUCGCCUUGCUGCCCAGAUGGCCAACAGACCAGGUGUCCAAGCAGCCCUUGGAGGAAACACAUCGGACCUUAAAAGUCGACUUGGCUCACCAACAAGAGGAAGAGGUGCAAAUAGAGGGUUAUUAAAAAACCGAUUGGGUAGUCCAGCUGUUGGUGGAAGAAUUCAUAGUGGGGGUCAAGUUGGUUUAGGUGGUGGAUUAAGGCGGUCUAGUAAUGUUCUUGGUGUGAGCCGAGCAAGAAGAGGUGGUGGUCUAGUUGGCCGUGGUGGUCGUGGUGUUGUGAAAGCCAUCACUCGUGGUGGGCGUGGUGGGCGUGGUGGUAGAGGAGCAAAAAAUGUAACCAGGGGACGUGGACGGGGUCAUGGCCGAGGUGACAAGUCUGUGUCAAAGGAUAGGUUGGAUGAGGAACUUGACAAGUACAUGUCUAAAACCAAAAGCCAUCUGGAUGCAGAAUUAGAUGCAUACAUGCAGAAUGUAGUUGGAGAUGAAAAUUAAUCUGAAGAUAAGACAAAGAUUGGUAUGGCUGCUCUAAAGUGGAUGAUAAAUUUAUCAACCUGUUAAAACUGCAUAGCUACAACAAUUGUUAUGGGGAUCAUUUGUUUAACAACAGAUGGUAAAGAACUUGUUUUCAUGGAUUUUGUCAUUUACAACUACAGAUAUUUUGGAAGAGUGGAAACUUUAUCAUCAUGUCUUCUAUAAUCAGUAGACUGAACAUUCAUUACAUCAGUGACAUAUUUAAGUUUUCUUUGUUUACUUCAAUUUGUAAAUAUGCAUUGUAGCCACUUUUUGUUGUACUCUCAUCAACUGCUGUUAUAAUACAUAGUUGAUGUCAUAUUCUAUAACAGUAAGCAGUUGAGAUAUUUUUUACAUGUUUUGUCAAGCUUACGGUGUUUGAUGCAGCAAGACUGUUAAUUUUACUUUGAAACUUGAACAGCUAAGAUCUCAUAGGCCUUCCUUGUUAAUUAAGUUUUCUUGGUUUCCAUUUUAAUAACAAUACUUAACAUUUGAAUGAGAAAGAAGUAGAAGUAAUACAGCUGAAAAAGUUUUUAGAGUUCCUACCAUCCAUGAUAGGUCAUCCUGUUCAGUUUAUUAUAUUGGCAUUACUUUUGUUAUAGGGCUUUUUUUUUUAGCCCUGUCAUGGCAAGUGCAUCUUAAGAAGAAUUGGCCCAAAUUGGCAAGUGCCUGGUUUGUUAUCCAUUUUGAUUGCUUGCAUUCUUAGCCACAUUAGGUCCAUUUUGGUCAAUUUUUCCCACACAAGCAGUAUUAAGUUAAAGAUUUCUUGUUUUUAAAGGAAAUUCUCCUUGAUGCAAACAUAUCAUGAUGCAGCUUUUACAAUUUAUCUCUAUGCCUUUUAAAUAAAACAAUGCAAUGUCACUUCACAAUUA